UAAUACCUGGACUGGGGGAGGGCACUUACCGAUUUUCCUGGAAAUUUCGAGGUACGAAGUUACACCUGACCAUUCAACAGUUCUCAGUGCAAUAUUUUCCCGGAAUUUUACAAUUGCAGAGUGGAGUUUAUUUUCGGCAGCUCUCAUAUUGAAAAUUACGAGGUUGAAAAUUCCCAUGGGAUAAUCUCCUCUGAGGCGGGAAUAUAGCGCUGUAUAAAUUAAGAGUCGGUUACUGGGGGAUUUAUACCACCCCUUUAAUCCAUGAAUUGUAGCGCAAUAUUUCAUGCAGUGAAACCAAGUAGAAUCUCAUAAAAACCGUGGGAUAACGGAUAUAUGGGGUGAAACUUGCCGAUAACUUGUUGAUUUUUACAACGACGAGCUGAUAUCAAUCUGUAUUCAUUCAUUUUCGGAGAGGAUCUGCAAUCAUCGCCAUUGGGGAAUUACAAUUGUGAACAGUGGAAUUUCAUAUGGAGCAUCACAUCGAGUCUUCAGGAUUUAUCUCAAUGGAAAAACCUCAUCGAUCAAGGGGAAAACCCAGUCUGGGGAAAAUCCACACCGGGAAAAUCUCAGUCUCGGGAAUUGGCGCCGCUGGGGCAGUAAAAUUUACUCCCAAUCCUUGAAAAACCCCUCCCCCCACCAUUGAUCAUCACAAAGGUGUCCCGGAGGAUUCAAAUACCGGCGGGACUUUGAAUUUCGUCGCAGAAAUUAUUCGACAAAGGGCACGUGUACUUCGACCCCCCAAAUAUAAAGUGCGAGUGAUAAAAAAUAAAAUAUAGAGAGAUACCUGAAAGCUUGAUUAAAUCAACAAGAUCGAUUGAAUUUGAGUGGUAAAAAUGUUCAGUUGCAUCGACAGGAUAAAAAUUUACCGUAAAAAACGGGUGGUGAAAAAAAAUCGGACAUUUCCGAUGCAAGCUGAUGGUGGACAUGCCGUGGAGAUGGGAUGCACCAGGAGAAUUCAUUCUCUGUCGGCUCUGGAGCUAUUGAAAUCCCCGGCGAAGCCAAAAAUCAACAAGGAAGAGAAUAAAAAAGUCGAGGAGAUGUCAAACAAUCCCAGGAAGCCGUUCCCCGCCGCUGAGAAAACUCUCCAUGUAUGCAGAAAUGUUCUGAAGAAACUGCUUUCACCGAAAAAAGCCACGAAAUUGAAUGAGGUCGAGGGGAUAAAACGGAUGGAUGUGGGUCAACCAUUGCCCACAAGUCCAUCAAAGGAGUUGGGAUGCGAGAGGACAUCCUCGUACUCGUCCCUAUCAUCUCUGAUAAUCUCCACCGGCAACUUCUGCACAUCUUCCCCAGUUUUUCAACAGAAAAAUCCACGACGAGGGCAAGAUGACCCUUCCAACGAUUCUAUUAUCAACGGAAUGUCCCCCAGUGGUGUCAAAGCAACCUUGAACUUUUCGGAUAUCGACAACGAGAAAGAUGAGGAGAAAGUGUCAUUGAAAGGUUCAUCGAGAUGCCGAGGGAACUUGAUUAACUCAAAGUCUGAGAGCGAGUUGUUUCCAUUGUUGGAGUUUGAUCGGGAGAUAAUGGAGAUGUCAAAUGACAAUGGCAGGAGGCACAGCUAUCCUGGAAUGUCCAACACCACUAGGAGGGAAUCUUGGCAGGAACUUUUGAAGUGUAUUAUCUCCAACAUGAAGAAUGAGUCUGAGGCGUCGAGCUCGUCGUCUUACGCCUUGGGGAGCUUCUCCGAGGACAGCCUCGAGGUACCCACCAUCACCAGGAAACCCAUGAGGGAAGCACUUCUCGAGAUAUCAAGGAGACGCAGCUUUUACGUAUCGAGGUCACCUCAAGAAGACGAUUACCAUCCGAAUUUAUUCGACGAUGACUUUGCGGAGGAAAUUAAGGAACUGCCGGCUGAACAGUCUCAAUCACUCGAAGUAUUAUACAAAUCUCAUUCUUGUUUAGAAGAAAAUAUCGCUUUUAAUAACUCACAGCCUUUUAUCAUUACUAUGUACGUCUGAUGAUUGUUAAAAAGUGAUAGUUUCAAUAAUUUUUCAACAUAAUUCAUUAUAAUUUCAGUAUUAGUUAAUAUAGAUGCAUAUUGUAUUGUCGAGAAGAAUUAAAAUAUUCAUUUUUAUUUAUAUUUUUAGAAAAAAAAUUACAACUGUUUAGAGGCUAUGACUAUGUUAACUAAAUCCAUGUAAUAUCUAAAAUAACGCAUUUGAUGUAUAAAUAUAAAUAAA